AUGUCAUUAUUUGCAUCACUUUCAAAGAUUGGAUCAAUCAACAACAACACCAACUCUAUUAAACAAUCAUGUUCCUCUUCAAAUAACUCAAUGAUUAUUUCAAUGAACAAUGGAAGCAGUAUUCAAUCUGAAAAUAUGAACGCCUUUUCCAAACCAUUCUGGGGAAAAUGUCAAAACAAACAAGCCGUAGAUAGUAAUAUUAAUAAUAAUAAUACUAAUGAUUCAACCCAACCAACCAGUACAACAACAGCAGCAGCAACAGCAACAGCAGCAGGACCAACAACCAGAACAGGCAGAGGCCAUAAUUUGGUCCCAAGAGAACGUGGAACCAAUUCUAGAGCAAGCCAAUAUAUUGGAAGACAACAAGCACCAACCACAACCGAGGAAAAACUACUAGUGCCAUUGGAUAAGGUCAAAGAGUUGACAUGUCGGUUAGAAACGGGUCUCUAG